ACAACAACAACAACAACAAAAAACACCUGAAGAGUUAGCUGGGAGUUAUGUGAGCACGGCGAGCUUUGUUUGUAGCAGCAGGCGCGUAUGAACCAAAACAUGUGCGGCGGCAUCGAACUGCCGGAGGCGAACCUUUUCUUUUCUUCGCCGUGGUGGCUUCGUUCGGCAUGGGUCCGACCCACUCGUCGUCGUCUUCUCCAUUAUUUUUUUUUCUCCCUCCGGGUCGUCGUCGGCUUUUCGCUUAAGUUCCACAUUGUUUUCAGUCGCCGCCAUUGCUGCCGAUCUUCCGUGUUGUUCCGUUCUGGAUUCCGGUACUUCCGGUUCGUUCGGCGCCUCGACUUCUGAAUAAGUUCUAAAUGUUUUUUAAGGCGAAUUCUGUAUUUUAUUUGAGACAGAAAAAUAUUAAAUUAAUUAGGUUGACUAUUUAUUAUGAAAAAAAAAUGUAUGCUUCUUUUUUUAAAAAUUAUUAAUAGAUAAAUUGGAACGUUUUCCGCGCUAUAAACACAGCAGCAGCAACGUCCACCGCGUAUUUAUAUCGGGCCCAACCUAAAAUAAGAAAAUAUACAAUAGCCUAAUACGUAUUUUGUUUUUCAUCACAUUGUAUGGGGUUUUAUCUGUUCAAGUUAAAGUAUUUCAACUGCAGUGGAACUGAAGUACUCAUUUGUUUCUGACGGUACGUUGUCAUGGAACACUUGGGUCAAACCAAAAAUAAACGUUUAAGGGUGUAAUCAUUAAUGCUUGGGAUCGUCCGGUCACUUGUACAUUUUUAGAUUAAUAUUCAAGUGACUUUAUUUAUUAUUAUUGCUAAUAUACAAACUAAGUCACUGAUUUGAACGUUGAAUUACGAAGAAAUAAAGACAUAAAUAAUGUGUUUAAAUAUGAUCCCCCUCCGCGCUUGGAAGUAAACAACAAUCCCACAUGUAUGGCCAAUAUGGCUCUAGUUGAGAAGUAUAAUAUUUGUCACUAAAGAAAGCGAGUUAUAGGAACAUAAUCUAUCGUUUUGCAUAACGGUUUGUUAUAUUUUCAAGUAUUUAACGACAAAACCACGGCUGCAAAAUGAGUAAUAUUUACAUCCAAGAGCCGCCGUCAAAUGGAAAGGUGCUGUUGAAGACCUCAGCAGGCGACAUUGACAUUGAGCUGUGGUCCAAGGAGGCUCCUAAAGCAUGCAGGAACUUUGUGCAGUUGUCCAUGGAAGGUUACUAUGACGGAACCAGUUUCCACCGAGUGGUGCGUGAGUUCAUUGUUCAGGGGGGAGAUCCCACGGGAACGGGAACGGGUGGAGAGUCCAUCUUUGGACGGCCGUUCAAGGAUGAAUUUCACUCCAGACUGCGCUUCAACCGGAGAGGUUUGGUUGCCAUGGCAAAUGCCGGCCCGCAUGAUAACGGCAGUCAGUUUUUCUUCAGCUUGGGACGCGCAGAUGAGCUCAACAACAAACACACCAUAUUCGGCAAAGUCACAGGAGACACGGUCUAUAACAUGCUCCGACUGGCAGAAGUUGAAUGUGACAACGAUGAGAGACCUUUGAAUCCCCACAAGAUAAAAACGGCAGAGGUGCUUCACUCUCCGUUUGAUGACAUUGUGCCUCGCGAAACCAGGAAAGCCAAGAAAGACAAGGAUAAAGAGGAGGGAAAGAAGUCGCAGUCAAAAGCCACAAAGAACUUCAGUCUGUUAUCUUUUGGAGAAGAAGCUGAGGAGGAGGAGGAGAUGGCGACUCAAGUGAGCCAGACGCUGAAGGGAAAAAGCAAAAGCAGCCACGACCUCCUGAAGGACGACCCCAGGCUGAGCUCCGUUCCAGCGGUAGACAAGAAAAAGAAGAAGAAGACACCAGGAGACGCAGCUGAGGCAGACGACGCGGCCGAGGGCGACGUCGUCGUCGAUGACGACGCGGAUGGCGACGAAGAGUACGACUCCGACGAGAGAGAGAGGAGGAGGGAGAUCGUCAGUAACAAGCUGAAGAAAUACAAAGAGGCGGAUAAAUUGGCGGAGGAGGAGGAGCAGCGAGACACGAAGAGCACCCGCAGUGAUGAAUUGAGGAAAGAGGCGCGGCAGCUGAAGAAGGAACUACAGGCCAUAAAGCAAAGGAAAGAAGAGGGCUCCAAACCGCGGUAGAAGAGGUCAAGGAGGUGAGUGAGGAGAUGCCAUUCCUUAACAC